AUGCCGCCGCCCUCUUCCCCGCACCGACGGCCGCUGCACUUCAACGCCUUCGCAGAGGAUUGGGUGGCGCCGCCGAGCAAGGAUCUCCCAGACAUUGUGCGCUUCCACCAGCGGUUUCCGGGCUACUCGCCGACGGCCCUCGUCGGCCUGCCCGCCGUCGCGCAGGACGCGGGCGUCGGCGCCGUCUACAUCAAGAACGAGUCGGACCGCUGCGGCCUGCCGGCCUUUAAGAUCCUCGGCGCCUCGUGGGGCACCUACCGGGCGGUCACGAAGCGUCUCGACCUGCCGCUCAGCACCACGUUUGAUGCCAUCCACCAGGCGCUGUCGGCGUCGCCGCUGACGCUCUACGCCGCGACCGACGGCAACCACGGCCGGGCGGUGGCGCGCAUGGCGGCGCUGUUUGGCAUCGCUGCGGAGGUUCAUGUGCCAUGCUGCAUGAAGUCAGACAUCAUCAAGCUGAUUCGUCAGGAGGGUGGGAAAGUCGUCGUGUCAAGACGAGACUAUGAUGCUGCUGUCCAAGAGGCCUUUGUUGCCUCGCAGCACUCACAAGGGCUGUAUAUCCAGGACUGCGCAUUCGGUGACUAUACAGAAGUACCUCAGUGGAUUGUCGAAGGCUACGAGACAAUGAUGCAUGAAAUCGAUGGGCAACUGGGUGAAAUGUCACCAACUUUGGUCAUUGCACCUGUCGGCGUCGGCUCUUUUGCGCAGUCUGUUGUGGCGCAUUACAAAACGCAGCACGGUGCACGUUCCAAAGUCAUGUCCGUAGAGCCAGACACGGCAGCCUGUCUCUGGAAGCGGCUCGUUCGAGGCGAAGAAACCUCUGUUCAAAGCGCACCUACCAUUAUGGCGGGCCUGGAAUGCUCAACCGUGUCAGAGUCGUCCUGGCCCAUCUUGCAACAAGGCAUUGAUGUCAGCGCCACGGUUUCCGACCAUGAGGCCCAUGAAGCCUGUGAAACGCUGCACAAACUGGGCGUUGCCGCUGGACCCUGCGGAGCUGCCUCAUUGGCUGCGCUGCGGCGUUUAGGCCCCGAGGAGAAAUCGCUUCUGGGUCUAGAUAAAGACUCCGUUGUUGUCCUGCUCUCGACAGAAGGACUACGGUCGUACGACGUCCCUCGUGAUGUCUCCGACGACGACCCCGUGGCUCUAACACGGGCUCUGGUCCGGAUAGACUCCACAAAUCCAGCCCUGGGUUCGCAACCUGGCCCCGGCGAAACAGAAAUUGCCAAGUUUAUCUGCUCGUGGUUUGAACAUCGCGAUAUCGAUGCUCAUUGGGUAGAGCCAGUCAAGGGCCGGCCGUCUGUCGUCGGUGUGGUAAAGGGCAGCGGAGGCGGCAAGCGCCUAUUGCUAAACGGACACGCCGACACAGUAACUCUUCUGGGAUACGACGGAGAUCCUCUCGAUCCCAAAAUUGAAAACGGAAAACUAUAUGGGCGUGGCUCUGCGGACAUGAAAUCCGGCCUAGCGGCGCAAAUGGUCGCGGCGGCCGACAUUAAAAAGCUGCAGCUGGCCGGCGACGUCAUCGUAACAGCCGUUGCCGACGAAGAGCUAGAGAGCCUGGGGACAGUCAGCGUCCUCGCAGCCGGCUGGCGAGCCGACGCCGCGAUUGUCAGCGAGUGCACCGACAUGGCCAUAACCCGCGCUCACAAGGGUUUCGUGUGGCUUGAGAUUGACGUCCAUGGCGUGGCGGCGCAUGGUUCGCGGCCCGAUCUGGGAUACGACGCCAUCGCAAAGUCAGGCUACGUCUUAGUCGCGCUCGAUCGCUACGCGGCAGAACUGCAGCAGAGAGAAGCCGAUCCGGCAGUCGGGCCGCCCAGCGCUCACGCAUCUCUCAUACACGGCGGCGAGGAAGUGUCCUCGUACCCGGCCAAGUGCACCAUAACACUCGAGCGAAGAACCGUCGCCAACGAGAGCCCAGCGACUGUCGAGCGUGAGAUACGGGACAUACUGGACGAGAUCGCAGCCGCUACGCCGGGGUUCAAAUACGACCUCCGGGCCACGUUUAGUCGCCCACCAUUCCACAUGACAGAAGACGCUGCGCUCACCCAACUCGUCCGGAAGCAUGCCGAGAGAGUCACGCACGGCGAGCCAAGGAUUUCUGGGGCUCCGUACUGGACAGACUCUGCGCUGCUGCUUGAGGCCGGUAUUCCGACCAUCCUUUUCGGGCCGCGCGGUGAAGGGUUUCAUGCCAAGGAGGAGUUUGUAUAUACCGAAUCUAUUGUACAGACGGCGCAAAUUCUUACGCAAAUUGCCAAAGAAUUUUGUGCUUGA